AUGCUCCCCGAUUUCUAUUCAAAAUUUUAUUCUCUUUCAUUGAUUAUUUCUUUCUUACGGAUUCAUUGUUCAUAUUUCUUUCCUUAUUUGGAAAUCUCACACAUUUAUUUAUGUUUCUUUCUCGCGUUCUUUCUUUCGUUCGUUCUGUCUUCAACGCUCUUAAUGUGUAUCUUUCUUUUUUUUUCGUUUUUCUUUCUUGAUGUGAAUCUUAUUUUUCUAUUUGCUUUCUUUUUUCUUUUUUUUAAUCUGAAAAUCUUGCACAUUUUCCUUUCUUUCUUUCUUUCUUUCUUUCUUUCUUUCUUUCUUUCUUUCUUUCUUUCUCCGAUACACUUAUUCUCUAUCUUUCUUUUUUUUCUUAAUCUGAAAAUCUAUCUUACUCUCUAUCUUUCUUUUCUUUCUUUCUUUCUUUCUUUCUUUCUUUCUUUCUUUCUUUCUUCGCGGCACUUACGCUGUAUCUUUCUUUUUUCUUUGUUUCGUAAUCUGAACAUCUCACACAUUUACUUUUCUUUCUUUCUUUCUUUCUUUCUUUCUUUCUUUCUUCUACACUCUUACGCUUUAUUUUCUUUGUUUUUUUUUAAUCCCAAAUCUCACACAUCUUUUCUUUCUUUCUUUCUUUCUUUCUUUCUUUCUUUCUUCGACACUGUUACGUUUCUUCGACACUGUUACGUUUUAUUUUUUGUUUUCUUUCUUAAUCCGAAAUCUCACACAUUUACUUUUCUUUCUUUCUUCGGUAAUCUUACUCCUUAUCUUUCUGUUACACUGAAUUUUUUUUUUCUUUCUUUCUUUCUUUCUUUCUUUCUUUCUUUCUUUCUUCAUUUAAUCGUUCUUUCUUUCUUUGACAAUAUUCACGUGAUCUUUCUUUCCUUCUUUCUUUCGGCUUUUGAUAAUCUCCUUUUAAUCUUUCUUUCAUUCAUUGAUAAUCUUCAAUUAAUAUUCUUUCUUUCUUACUUUUUCUUUCUUUCCUUCUUUCUUUCUUUCUUUCUUUUUUUCCCCUUUCUUUGA